ACAUGUGGGUCACGCGAAACCGCAUUACACACAUUUCAUCCUUCCACCAAUGAGCAGAUGGGAAAAACAAUAUUAGCAUUGCAGCAGAGCGACGAAUUCCCCGGAGCACGGAUGAAAAACACCGCUUGACAGUUAUUACAUGUGAUUUAAACGAAGUUUAAUUUCAGUCGUCGUUUCGCUGAAUGACUUGUAGAAGUUGCGGUUGAGACUUGCGGGAGGCCCUAACUUUUUGUGGGAUUAGUUUGCAUGCAGCCCGACAGCGGAGGCCGACUGCGGUGGGAUGGGCUGUGAGGUGUUCAAGAUGGCGGCGCCCUGUGGAGUGCAGCUACUCUAACAGAGGUGCCUGGAGACUGUAUUGGUGGGUGGCCCCAGGAGUCCUCCAGGCAGGCAGGGACGGACACCGUAAGAGAGACGCUACCUCCAUCCCCAGCACUGCCGCCACCAUGGCCAGGGAGCAGCCCAACGUGGGGGACCUCCUCCCACUCCUGGAGACCUCCGACCUCCACCAGCUAGAAGAGAUCAGAGGCCUCAUCAACGAGCAGCUCAGCACUGAGCGAGGGUCCAUGCUGCUGAACGGGCUGGUGGAUUACUUUCUGGAAACGAACUCAGCCCAGGCCAUGCAUAUCCUGUCCUCAGUCAGAGAGCCACACGAUAAGCACCUUCUGGACAAGAUGAACGAGUGUAUGACCAAACAGGCCUGUCGGCUGCCCACCCUCACCCUGCUCGGCCACGUAAUCCGCAAGCAGCCGUCUUGGAUCCACAAGAUCGCUCGGUACCCUCUGCUGCUCUCGCUGCUCAAAUGCCUAAAGACGGAUACAGACGUAGUGGUGCUGAUAACUGGAGUACUGGUGCUGAUCACUCUGCUACCCAUGAUCCCUCAAGCUGGGAAACAACACCUGUGGGAGUAUUUUGACAUCUUCGGCCGCCUGGCAUCUUGGAACCUUAAAAAUCCCGGACACGUUUCAGAGGUUUACCUAAUCCAUCUGCACGCCAGCGUCUACUCACUCUUCCACCGACUCUACGGCAUGUACCCGUGCAACUUUGUGUCCUACCUGCGCUCCCAUUACAGCAUGAAGGAGAACAUGGAAACCUUCGAGGAAGUGGUGAAGCCGAUGCUUGAACACGUUCGUAUUCAUCCAGAACUGGUGACGGGAACCAAGGACCACGAGCUUGACCCCACCAGGUGGAAAAAGUAUGAAAUCCAUGAUAUCGUCAUCGAAUGUGCCAAAGUGUCCCUAGACCCCAAGGAGGCCUCCUGUGAGGAGGGCUACGCCACCAUGCCUGAGAACUUUUACCCCCAAAUUCACCUGCGACCACAAGACUGCACUUCCAGCCCCUACACAGACCUCCACAGCAGCUACGGAAGCUCUUCUUCGACCCCAUUCUCCACUCCACGGCAGCCGCUACCCCCGCCCCUGUCCUUGCCCCCCUUCUCAGGGACACAGUCCUCCUACCGCAGCCCACAGACCUCCAGACGGCAGAACUCCACCUGUGAACUCAACUCUUCCUGUGGGGGGAAGGACCCUCUGUGGAGCCCCUCCUCGUUGUGUGGCAUGGCCACACCCCCCUCCUCCAGGGGCAUGUCGCCCAACUUGGAGCUCUCCCACAGUGCCUCACACCUUCCCAGCCGCUUCCACUGCACAUCAGGAGGGAAAGGAACGCCUGCCUCCAGCACUCCAGCCACCUCUUCCCCACCUCCCACCCUGUCAGAUGACUUCCCCAUAAUCUCCUUACCAGCCAACACAGUCCAGUCCAGUCCACCGAGAAAGGAUCGUCGACAAGGAGAAAGCAGCAAGCCGGCACUGGUGAGACAGGAACCAGUGAAAGAUGCAGAGAAGAAUGCAGAAGUAGCCACAAAUAGAGACGCAGGAGCUGCUGAGAACGUCUCCAUGACUUUGACAGAGCUGUCGGUCUUCAUGAAGAAACAGGAGCUGGAGCUUCAGCUGAGAAUAGAGAAAGAGAGGGAAGAGGCUGCCAUCACAGAGGAGCUGAGGAAGAUCACGGAGGAUAAGCAGGAGCUGCCGGGCCUGAGGGGCUUCGACUCCCCUUUCUAUCACACCACCGAGACUCUGACUGGCUGUCAGGCGCAAGACAAGACUCUCUCCAAUGCCCAGCCCGGAGGCUCCGUCCGGGACACCCACCAAGUUGUAUCGACACCAGACAAAGCGGAGAACACCGCGAGCACCAGUGGUGUCGGGAGCGAAAGAGGUGGCGUAGGAGGAGCAGGAGGGGACAGCAGGAGCUCAGCCAUCGGCCUUGAGCAGUCCUGGUCCUUCCAGUCCGGUUUCACCCCCAUCGAUCACCACCUGCACCGCAGCCCUUCCGCCCCGGACGACGAGGUGAGCAAGUUCGGGAUGUUCUCCCCAAGCCCGUGCAGCAAGACCCCGGCCAGGGUGCCCUACGAGUCGUUCUUCGAUUUGGCACUGCCAAGGGCGGCCUCGCUGUUCGUGGGCCAGAAGACGUCGGAGGCGGUGCACAAAGCGGCGAUAGAGAGGCUGGCGCAGUGGGAGGAGGGGUUGGAGGACGGGGAGGAGGAAGGGGUAGUGUCUGCUUCACCACUGGAGGUGCUGGAUCGCCUUGUUCAGCAGGGGAGCGACACCCAUGAUAAAGUGCUCAAGAGAUUACCUUUGCCAAGUAAGUCAGCUGACUGGACGCACUUUGGAGGCUCAGCGCCGCUGGACGAGCUUCACACGCUGCGCAGCCAGCUGCUCCUGCUGCACAACCAGCUGCUGUACGAGCGCUACAAGAGGGAGCAGCACGCCGUCCGCAACCGACGCCUCCUCCGACGCAUCAUCAACGCCACGGCGCUGGAGGAGCAGAACAACGCCAUGAAGGACCAGCUGAACCUGCAGAGCGUGGACAUCUUGUCUCUGAGGGAGAGUCUGCAGGUGGAGCAGCAGCGGUACAGGCAGCUGUGGGACGACCGGGAGACGGUGGUGACCAGGCUGCACAGUCAGAUCCGACAGCUGCAGCAAGGACGAGACGACUACUACACCAAGAACCAGGAGCACCAGAGUAAGCUGCAGGAGUGUCAGAAAAGGAUGGAUGAACUGGAGGCGGAGCUUCAGAGGGCCAACAACAAAGUCUGCCACACUGGUCACCUCCUCAACCAGAUGACCAUCAAGCUGAGCAACAGUGAGAGCACCCAGCAGCAGAUGAGCUUCCUGAACAAGCAGCUGCUGCUCCUUGGGGAGGCACAUAAGCUGUCCAUGCAGGAGUUACACCACACAGGCGCCGAUAAUACAAAGGAGGCCCAGAUGCUGCAGCUGUCUCAUGAGAAAGAGGUGGAGACACUGAGGCAGAACCUGCUGGCUCAGGGUCAGAAACUGGAGGCGGCGCAGCAGAGAGUCACCGAGCUGGAGACACACCUCUCCAAGAAGGAACACCUCAUUGUCGAGCAGAAGAAGUUCCUCGAGGAUGUAAAAUGUCAAGCAAAGGCCGAGCUGGAGGCCUCAGACAACAGGCAUCAGGCUCAGAAGGAAAUCACUCAGCUGCUGCAGACUGAACUCCUGCAGCUCUACAGCAGAGUGGAGAUGGAGGCUCCUGCCAGUACCGCCACCGCUUCACCACCGGGGGGCAGAGCUGACCCACACAUGCAUGCUGACACCAGUGUCAUGGUGCCAGAUGGACCAAGUAUAACACACACCAAGGAGGAGGCGGACAAUAGACCACCACACGAUUCCCCUCGGGGCAACGGCAGCACUUUAUCGCCAGGGCAACCAAAGGCGAGCAACUCUUCCAAAACAACAGCCAACUCCAUCAACGGCAGCCAGGACCUGGCCCCACCCCUGUUGGUGGAGCCCUCUCUGUCCUGUCCCCACGUCAACCCGCUCGCACCCCAGCCCCCCUCCGACGCCCCGCUCACCGUGGGCUCCUACCCCAGCGCCAAGAGCUUCCUUGGCAUGAGGGCGCGCGAGCUGUUCCGCAACAAGAGCGAGAGCCAGUGUGACGAGGAGCAACCGCCGCCGCGUCUCGCUGGCCUCGCCCACGACCUGAAGACUGAGCUGUGCGUGGAACCGCCAUGCCCAGGUUAUAUCGCUCCCGUCAUCCCUGCACCUUGCCUCGUACCGACACCGCCCCCUGUCCCAGCUCCCACUCUUGUCCCCGCCGCCCCUCUCACUGUGCCCACCAAGGAGCCCAAGCAGCAGCGGGCCUCCAGCCAGGAAAGUCCCCGCAGGAAGGCAGUGGCGGGACCAGGUGGGGUGCGGGGUCACGUGGGAUCAGGUCGCCCCCGGCAGCAGCAGCUAAAGAUCAUGGACUAUAAUGAAACACAUCACGAGCACAGUUAGAGACACAGAACUCAGCCGGGACGCAGGGCGUGGAGGCGGAGAGACUGAAGUUUAACGAUGAAGAAGAGCUACAAAUCAGCGAAAGAGUAACAUGUCAGCAACUCUUUGGAAUUCAGUGUUAUAUGUUCCAUUCCUUUGAGUGGACAACAGGAUUUGCCCCAGUGUUUUUCUACUUUUUUGUUUCUACUGUUUCAUUCCCCAGAAGAAUUCUGACAAGGUUACAGAGAUACAAAGUCAGUAUGUUGUUACAAAUGUAAACACUAAAAGACUGAAUUUGGUUAUGAGACAAAGAUGCUCAAAGCCGACAGGAUGUGAUUGAGUUUAUCAAUAACUUACAUUUGAGUCUGAUGUUGAAAGGGUCUGUUCACCCAAAUUACAAAAAUGUACCUUUUUGUAACAGCCCUGCAGAUAGUUUAACUGUAAAUUGUCUCUGUCUCCACAGACCAACACAAUGGAAGUGAAUAGAAUUCUGCUUGUGUUGCUCACAGCAUUGAAAGACGAGCAGCAACUCGUCUUCUGAAACAGUGUCACAGUUACUUGGGAUGAACACUUUUCACUGCAACUAUUUUCUCUUGACUAUUUCCUUUUGGAAAAAAAGCUCACAGCCAGGUCUGUGGAUUAUCGUGAGUAACGUGUGCACUAUUUUUUGGAACGACAAGUUGCUGUUAAAACAUUUUAGACGUCACUUUUAAAUGCUGUGAGCAUUGAGAAAGUUCCUCCACUGUGUUGGCUGUGGAAGCGGGAAUCUCUGAGACAGAUAUCUCAAAACUUGGACAAAUAAAACCUUUCUGCUCUAGUCAACAACACAAGAGCUGAGUGAGAAAAUGUCAGAGUGUAAUUUAGGUUUACUGACCCUUUAAUAGUGACUGCUUCUAAUGAAAUCAGAUAAUAAAAAAAAACACCAGAAGAGGAAGAGAUGUUACAUUUGUCACGAUUAUCUGUUAGGCGUGCUUUGGCGUUGACAGUGGACCGAAAUAUGUUUUUGAUAUUCGAGUACUUUAUUGAGUGAGUGUUACAUCAGAGCGGUGGAGGUGAUCAGUAUGUAGAGAUGUUUGGUUUGUUCUGGGGAAACCUUGAAGUGUGACUGCUGGACUGAAAUGGAAAACUUAACAUUUCUAUUCAAAACUCCUUUGAGUUUUCUGUCCAAAAUAAGAAGGGGAAUGUGUUUUUGUUUGCGAAUGUGCGAGCGUGUUGGUGAAGCAUGUGAGGAGUCAUCCAGCAAAGAUUCAAAUAGGAAAGUGUAUGAAAUUUAGAAAAUGGUGAAAUUGAAUGCCUUUUUUAUAAAUUCUACAUUCCAUCAUACUUUUUAUUUUUUUAUUUAUUCAGUUGUGAAGGGUGCUCCCAAAUACAUAUCCUUAAUUAGAAUCAGACCUGGCAAGCCAAACAAGCCCAAGCUAUAAAAAUCAUGUUUUUCCCGUUCGAGACGACCAGCUGAUCAUUUUGAAGUGCCAUGUAAACAUUUGUGCUCCGGCUGAAUUCAAACAUCUUUAAACAGAAGUGUUGUUUCUCAUGUUGGGCGUACAUUCAGCCGUUACAGCGUGGGAAAUAAAAACCAAAAACACCUCCCUCGUCCAAUCAUGUUCCCCUUCUGCAGGUCUGAUAAACACGGAGUUACCUUGUUUCUUCUAAGCGUUAGAAGUAAACUCCAGUUUUGAAAGUCGUCUAAAUCCUGUUGUCCACUGGGAACUCCUGCUGUCACUUCCUUUUGCCUCGCUAUCUAAAGCAUGUUCAACAAUCCACUUUAAAUGCCAACCGUAGUAAACUACAGCAAAUCAAGACAGAAGGUAUAAUCAGCACAAACUGAAGAAACCAGGACUCUAAACGGAGCUGGAGAAUCUGGGACAAAAUGGCAAAAAAGGAAGUUCUUAAAGCAGUGGCUUGUGUUUAACUGUGAACAAUAAAGAUCGUCUUCAAUGUUUUGCACUACAA